AUGGGCAACAAUGCUCCUAUCCAAUUGCCUUCGAGCCCAUUGGCUCCAGAGAUGAGCCCGUCACGAAGCUUAAAUGAGCUCAGUUCUUACAGUUCACCUUCCGUAGUGGAAAAGCUGCAACACGAGCGUCAGCGGCAACACGAGCGUUUCAGACAGCCAUUUUCAUCGCCGUUAAAGGGAGAUGGGCUCAACCGACAGUUGGGUUCUCGAGAUCGACGUAGAAGCUGGCAAGCGCAUCGGAACCGAAUUCGUGAAAAUCGCAUUUUACAAGCUCGUGGAGGAGUCGCCCGGAUGGAACACGACAUGAUGGCCCUUGAGCAUAACUCUGAGCAGCUGGAACUGGCUACACAAGCCCAAUGGUAUCAACUGAAUCCUGACGAAAUUGACAAAUACGAUACUUCCGCUUCGGAAAAUGACGACGACGAUGACGAUGACGAUGACGACGAACUAAUAGCACUGUUGCAACAACGUGAUGAUUACGAGACGCAAUUGGAAUUAGAAGAACAACAAUUGGAGUAUGCAAUGCAACAAUUUUGCUUGGUUGAUGAGGAAGAGGUAUGGGAAAGAGAAGAAAGAAACAGCACGUGA